CAUCCAAGCACGAUCAACCCAGACAGAAAAUCUCUCGUGAUUAGCGCGCGAACUCAUAAAAUAUAAUAAUAAUAGAAAAAAACAAAUACACAAACACAAAAAACACAAUCUCAAAUCAAAUGCUUUCUUCUACUAGGAUUCCGUAACAUUGAAGCUUAUCAGAUCACUUCUUCUACGUUCUCCUCUCUCCCACCGGAGGUCCCUUUUUUUGGCUACUGUUAUCACAAUCUUGAAAUGUCGAUUUUUUGUGCAGGUCCCAAAGGACCAUACUGAUCAGGGGAUUGAAACAAGUCCCCAAUCAUCCACGACACCAAACUGGAUAAUCAAUGUUUCAGAUGUGAUGAUAAGAACGGUUAAGGUUAGCAACAUUUCACUAGCUGCUUCUGAGAGGGAUAUCAGAGAAUUCUUUUCAUUUUCGGGUGAUAUUCACUAUGUCGAAAUGCAAAGCGAAACUGAUAAGACCUGGCUUGCCUAUGUUACCUUCAAGGAUUCACAGGGAGCAGAUACAGCAGCACUCCUAUCAGGAGCUACAAUAGCUGAUCUUUCUGUCUCCAUUACACCUGUUGAGAAUUACCAGCUGCCCCCUGAAGCAAUCCCACCAAGCCCGGAGAAAAAGCCAGCUGCUACUGGCUCUGCUGUUAAGAAGGCUGAAGAUGUGGUGAGCACCAUGCUUGCUAAGGGUUUUGUCUUGGGAAAGGACGCAAUUAACAAGACUAAAGCCCUUGAUGAACGACAUCACUUGACAUCAAAUGCCUCUGCCACAGUUGCUUCCAUUGACCGUAAAAUUGGCCUGAGUGAGAAGCUAAGCAUUGGAACCACAAUAGUCAAUGAAAAGGUGAGAGAGAUGGAUGAGUGGUUCCAUGUGUCUGAGAAGACAAAAUCUGCUUUUGCUGCUGCUGAACAGAAGGCAAGCGGAGCAGGAUCUGCUAUUGUAAACAAUCAUUAUUUAUUAACUGGAGCUUCUUGGAUUUCAAGUGCAUUUGGUGCAGUUACAAAGGCAGCUGAGGAUGUAACUAUGAUGACCAAGGAGAAGGUCGAUAAGGCUGAGGAGGAAAAAAAUGAGAUAAUUUAUAGGCAAAGGACAGGGAUCAUCAAUGAUUUUGCACAGAUGCAUCUUGACGGGUCUUCCACAGCAGAGCCUCCAAUGGUUCCGCUCAAUUCAGCUUAUGAUAGUAAGCUUGGAAUGAUAUAACUGCUUUGGAUUUUCCUUUCUCCAAUACAUUUGGAUUACUUUUCAAUUUGCUGUGUGAUAUGCUUCAGUACAAAGAUUCAGUGACAUAGAUUGCCUGUUGUACAAUGGUGGGUCAUGUUAAUUGCUCUAGUGAAUUUAAAUUUUGUGGCUUGCUCCUUA